CCACCUUGCCACCGGAGGAUGCCCUCCUGUACCACCCUGCCACCGGAGGAUACCCUCCUGUACCACCCUGCCACCGGAGUAUACCCUCCUGUACCGCCUUGCCACCGGAGGAUACCCUCCUGUACCACCCUGCCACCGGAGGAUACCCUCCUGUACCACCCUGCCACCGGAGGAUACCCUCCUGUACCACCCUGCCACCGGAGGAUGCCCUCCUGUACCACCUUGCCACCGGAGGAUACCCUCCUGUACCACCCUGCCACCGGAGGAUACCCUCCUGUACCACCUUGCCACUGGAGGAUACCCUCCUGUACCACCUCGCCACCGGAGGAUACCCUCCUGUACCACCCUGCCACCGGAGGAUACCCUCCUGUACCACCCUGCCACCGGAGGAUACCCUCCUGUACCACCGGAGGAUACCCUCCUGUACCACCUUGCCACCGGAGGAUGCCCUCCUGUACCACCUUGCCACCGGAGGAUACCCUCCUGUACCACCCUGCCGCCGGAGGGUACCCACCUGUACCACCCUGCCACCGGAGGAUACACCGACAGUAUCCUAGCACAGCAGGAACAUAG